CACAUGUAUCCUCAUAUUUCUUCACAAAAACAAAUAACAUGAUCAUCUCCCUGCCUGACUUUCUGUUGACUUGACUGGUGUGCAAUUCAAGUUUGAAAAGCAUAGUUUCAGGUCAAAGGAACAAGGCACUUGUGGCGGAAAAUGACCCGUUAUUUUUGCAAUACUUAAUACAGCCGUGGCACGACAGGCGCGGUGCAGCCGGCAGGCGUGUCUAGUGUAGUAUCAGUCGUACGGUAAUAAAGCGGUAUCAUUUUUUAUUUUUACAUUAAUUUUCAAGUUCAAGACCCCCAAAUUACAAAUCAAAUUAAGCACUUAAGAAGAAGAACGUACAAAAAGCCCACUAUAAUAUUUUUUGCAGAUUUAACAUAGACGCACAUAAUUUCUAAAAAAAGAAAAAAAAUCUCUCCCCCACCGGGUUCGACGUUGCAGACGAGAACAUUAUAGUCGAAACUCCUUUUUUUAAAGGUCUUAUGUGCAUGUGUAUUUCUUCGAUCCCAAGAAGUAGUACAUUAUGCUUACCGUUUCUACGGUUCAGGAAAAUUCCCCUGAUGUUAUCCUCGGAUUCGCACGCGUUUUGGUUGUGGUUUAUUUUCUCGUUGUUUCAUCUCGAGCAACGUGCGAUGGUAGGGAGACGAGUAACCUUAUUUACUAGCUUCGCGCACAAGGAAGAACCGCAAGAAAACAAAAUCCGUGAAGAUAUUAUAGGGAAUGCGAUCUAGUAGAAGCGUGCUGUGCGACUUUUUUUGUGCUUUUACAUGGCAUUCAUAUUUUUGUGCUCAGAUGAGGAUAAAAACAAUAAACGUUUAAAGCACGACUCACUCGCCGAAAAUAGUAAGUGGAAAGACUAAGACACCAAGGUAAGUAAUAUUUGAGGAAGUGGCGAACUACAUUCUUACCAGGAGCCGCACCACGACCGAAGUACUUAUACAAUAUUAUUACCGCGUACUAAUUAUGGAAUGUGGAGGUGGUGUAGUCACUGCACUAAAUUCUGCUUCACUGAGUAUGAAAUUUUUUAUCUGAGCAUGACUAUAUUUAACAAGCCCGCGGCAAGUCGAGCGACGUCGAAUCUACUUAUUAUGAAAAUGAAAAAAAUUAUCAAUGCAUUCCCCCCGAAUCGAAGAAAAGGAAAAAAU